CGCGCUCAGUCUAUGCAUUCUAAUCUGAAUGUGGUGGAGAUAUGAGAAGAGAAGUGCCAUUGGAUUGCAUUCGUCUGUGCCAUAGCUUUUGUAGAGAGACAGGCCAACUAAAUUCACCUUAUAAUAAUAGUCGUAUUAUAAGGCUUCGAACAGUUUUAUUUUACGCAAGUUUGGAUUAAUCUGGAUUGAUCGGAUAUUAGUGACUAUUAUUGUUGAUUGUUAUCCUUUUAUCAUUAUUAUUUCUAUUUGCAUUAUACAUUAUUUUCAACUCCAAAUUGCCACACCAUAAUUGUCUACUACAGUUUCCAAGCGGAAUGAGCCUGUUUUGCACCUCCUGAGGAUACAAGGCUUGAGUCUGGAUUCAUGUUCGGAAAAAUGAAGUUUAAGUUUUUUUUACGGUGGGCUCUAUACGACCACCUCUAUCCUACAACUCCGUCGGCAGUUGAUAUUUCCAAUUGAAAACGUGAUGCUGUAGCCUAUUGUAGUUAAUUGACGGUAGAAAUAUUAUAAUUGUAUCUCCAUGUGAGACAUUCUCGAAUGUGGAUCACUGAAAACGAUGUAUACCGAGGUGGCUAAUUUAAACUUCAGCUCUAACGGAAGCAUCGACGAUCCACUGAGCUCACUGGAUCAAGAAUGGAACGAGCCCCCAGCGAAAAGACUGUCUCGGACGGGACACCAUGUGAUGUCCGUCUUCCUUGGAUCUAUUAUGGUUUUUGGUUUCAUCAAUAACCUGGUGGUAUUGAUCCUAUUUAUUAAGUUCAAAACUCUGCGGACUCCGGUGAACAUGCUUUUGCUGAACAUCAGCGUGAGUGACAUGCUGGUGUGCCUCUGUGGCACCACGCUCAGCUUCGCCUCCAGUCUACACGCGCGCUGGUUGUACGGGAAGCACGGGUGCAUGUGGUACGGCUUCGCCAACUCUUGUUUCGGAAUUGUGUCGCUAAUCUCGCUGGCCUUCCUCUCCUAUGACCGCUACAGCACCUUAACCGUGUACAACAAGCGGGCCCCCGACUACCGCAAGCCUCUGCUGGCCGUGGCGGGCUCCUGGCUCUACUCCCUGUUCUGGACAGUGCCCCCCCUGCUGGGCUGGAGUAGUUACGGCCUGGAGGGGGCCGGGACCAGCUGCUCAGUCACCUGGACAUCCCAGACUCCCCAAUCUCACUCCUACAUCAUCUGCCUGUUCAUCUUCUGUCUGGGGCUGCCUGUGCUGGUCAUGGUCUACUGCUAUGGGAGGCUGCUCUACGCUGUCAAACAGGUGGGGCGGAUCCGUAAGUCAGCGGCGCGGCGGAGAGAGUUCCACAUCCUGUUCAUGGUGAUCACUACAGUGGUGUGUUACCUGCUCUGCUGGAUGCCGUACGGCGUGAUCGCUAUGAUGGCCACCUUUGGACACCCGGGCCUUAUCACCCCCAUCUUGACUGUGGUGCCCUCCAUCAUGGCUAAGAGUAGCACCGUCAUCAACCCCCUCAUCUAUAUACUCAUGAACAAACAGUUCUACAGGUGUUUCCUGAUCCUGUUCCACUGCAAACGGCCCAGUUCUGAGAACGGCGUCUCCUCUAUGCCUUCCAAGACCACCGUCAUCCAGCUCAACCGCCGGGGCCACAGUAACAACGUAGCUGUCACACCCCAGCUCUCCACCGGCGCCAACCACCAUCCCCACACGGUGGAGUGUAGCACUAACAACCGUGAAGUCACCACCCCCGUCUCCGAACAGACCAGCCCAGACACCAACCAAGAGAUCACCUCCUGUGGACAGCCGCGUACCCCCCUCACUACCCCCCAAAGCCCCUCUCAACCCACCCCCCCUUUCCCCCACGUGACAAAUGCUAUCCAGUGAUCCACUGUGUUAUAUGAUAGCGUCACCACCGAGAACUCUACAGAGGAUACGGUGUUAUCCCUGGCAUUUGUCAUGUGGUGUCGCCCAAAAACAAACUGUCUACACAGUGAUCUCUCAUGUGGCGUCACGCAACAACUCUCCAUAGUGAUUUGUCAUCAUGAGAACGCCUUAGACUACCCAUAAAAUGAUCCAUCAUGAGGCAUUGUGUCAACAGAGAACUCUUCUAUACAGUCAGUGACCUAAUCCACAACGUUACCCAGACAGAGAAACAUCAAUAUCUAACAAAGGGAUCUAUUCCACAUCAUCACCCCAGAAACUAAAACUGUGAUCUAUUAUCUUAUAGAACAGGGUGUCCCAAAUGGCAGCCUGCGUGUGGAUUUAUUUGGCCCAGCAAGUUCAUAGCAAAAGACUAAUAAUAAUAAUAAUAAUAAUAAAUUGGAAUUUUCAUUGUUGGACAUAAGACUAAAAACACCAUGAAAUCAGCUCCAAUUGAUUUUAAGUUUUGAAAUGAUUAUGCUUUAGAUAAUGUUAUCCGUUUUGACUUGCUGUCAAUUGGCAGUAAUUAUGGUUCUGGCCCCCUGCCCAUCCGCUCAAAAACUAAAAAUACGUCGGCCCGCGGCUGAAUCUAGUUGAUGAUCCAUGUUAUAGGUGUGUCAACCGCCCCAACCCAUCUAGAUGGUCAGCUGUUACGUUGUUACUCAGUAAAGGUGUAGAUAUCUUCCUGUCAAGUCUUGCCGUGAGAACGCAACAGUGUGGUGCUGUUUACUUCAAAAUAAAAUCUGGGAUUUUUCCUCAACUUCUGUUUUCAUAUUGUCACACGUGUUACGGUCGAUAGACCCCAGAGUUGUGUUAAGACUGCAGCGGCUUUACACUGUUGUCAUUACUGUUACAGUACCAAAAAGGCUGUUGUCACAACUGUUACAGUAUGCGGUCAUAACUGUGGCCAUUUCCAAUGAAGUGCAAUAAUAGACGGUUCAUCUUCAUUUGUUCUAAAGCAUCUAUGAAGCCUAUGUGAAUGAUGUUGGUGAAGCGGAAUGCUUUGUACCGCAUCUGUGAGAUCAAAUCACCUUGGGCCUCAUUUCUUUACUCGGUUUUUACAUUACACUUCAUAUCAUCCGUUCUUGAAACAAUACGAAGGAUAAUCAAUGUUUAUACACAUAACUAAGGGAGUAAAAAUCACACACAACCACGUUCAUUUCUAGAUCGCACUAAGUUGCUAAAUAAAAUUUCUCACGCCUACUUCAUGGGUAUUAAAAUCACUAUAUAGCUGUGGAUUAACUAUUUAAGAUCAUAUCUGUGCGUAAGAACAUUUUCUAGAUGAUGCACCUGGGUGAACUAUGUAAAACUGGCUAUUAUUACACUGAACCGUUAUUAAAUGUAUGACAAUGUGAAGGGACUUCCCAUUUCACUGCAGGGUGGGUAGGGUAAUAAACCAGAAACAGCUGGAGAAUUGUAACAGAAAGUGUGCAUGUUUGCAACACUUGAAGCCAUCAUCCCAUUGGGCAAAAGACAUAUCAAUGUUCACUUGUCAGUUUGAAAUGUUUAGUUAUGACGAUGUGGAAACAAUGCUGAUCCAACCAAUAUUUGCAUGUUGGGAUGACAGCCCGGCGUUGUAUGAAAGCCACAACCUGUUAAAAGUGACCAUCUUUCUGUGCCUGUAGUGUUGAGUCAUGCAGUAUCUGGCUUUGCAUGUUAACAUGUGCCUCAGUCUACAAGUCUAAAUUAUGUACAUCGGUACCUACCAGAUCCCAGCAGGCAGUCGUCAGCCUCGCACCCCACUGGGCUGCCACACAGUGGCUGCUUGUAGCCAUCAUACGGCACUUACUUGUCUUUAUCCACAUGACAAACUGAACAGCACUGCCUCUCACUGCCUAAUAAACUGUAACCCAAAAACAGUUAAAUAAAUGGACUGCAACCCAAAUAAAAUCCUUCUGUGAUUUA